AUGGCGCUCCUGUACCGAUUCACCCGACUCAACGAUCGCUCCAAUACGGGCGUGUUCACCUUCAUCGCGACGCGGUCCGUCACACGAGACCUGCACCGGGACGCCACCACCAAGGAUUUCCCUUUCGCCUACCACCGAUGGGCCGUCUCCUUCGUCCGCACCGACAAGGUGCUCGGGGUAUUGCUCCGAAUUCGGAAUGCUGCUCCGGGAUGGAAGUGCUACCUAGAUUUCACGUUCACCUUGCUCAAUCGCGAGCACUUCUCGAAGAACGAAGCCCUCUCCGAAAAGCAGGUCCGCUUCUCGGCGGAAGAGUCGACGCAUGGCGCUGCCCGUUGGAUCCUCAUCUCUGACCUGCAAUCUCGGCGCUUCUCGGACGAGACGGGUGAAUUCCUGCUGGAGCUUUCGCUGGCCAACGCCAUGACGGUGUUCGAAACAGACAUUCGAGUGCCUCCACAGCUACUCAAUCACCACGCGCAGACAUCCCGAAUCGAGUCGUCCUACUUUUGCUUCGGAGGUUUCGACUGGAACAUCGCGCUGCUGCCGGACGGCUCGCCCGAGGACGGCGACAACGGCCGACCCCGGGUGCUCCUCAUCAGGCACACAGGCUUCGACCACCCGUGCCGCGUGCAGUACCGAGUGGUUCUAGGUGAGGGUGACCGACGAGUGGACUCCGGGGUGCUGGACCAGAUCUCGGACCUGUCAGGCCGCAUCCGGGGCUUUUCGCUGGGCGCCGCUGGCCCUGCUGACUUGGUGCGACGCGGCACGCUCAGACUCCAGCUGUACAUGUUGUCCGCCAACGCCAUCUCGGAGGCCAAGGUGUCUGCAACUGCGAGCACGCUGACUGGUGUGGAACCGUGUGCACCAGCGACAGCCAAUUGCUACGACCGAGACAAGCAGGCGUGGUGCGUAGAGGCCGACAUGGAGGGCGAGCGCUUGCGACUGAAGCUGUACUAUGCUGAGCUGCAGCACAUUCCCGUGGGCCACCUUCGCUACGUAGCCUGGAACGCGUACCUAGUGCGCCGCCAGCCGGGCUCCGGGGCGCGCGAGAGCGUGCUCGCGCUGCGCGCUCCGCACUCCAGCUACUACGUGCACGACGGCAUGGACGUCGCCGUGGUCAUGGACACCGACGUCCCCGUGCGACAGAUUCGUGAGUCAGCUGGCAUGUACUUGGACGGUGCCGGAAACCUGACUGUGCACGUAGAAUGGCUCGACUCGCAGCUCCUAUUCGGGGCCACGUACCACAAAUACGACGACAUUGCACGCACCCAGUGUCAUCAAAUGAAACGUGAGAUCGCUGCUCUCCAGACUGAGAACUACAACCUGGAGCGGCAGGUGUUCAGCUACCAGAAGUCCAUCUCGUACGCGAGUGCCCGGGGACAGCCGUCCGAGGACCUGCCCGACGACUACUACGCCAGCACCGUGCGGCGGCUCUCCGAGACACAGAGCCUGUCCGAGUCCGAGUACGCCUGACGAGCCCCUGCCACCAUCCAGAAGAGCGAGCCCGUCACCACCGCCGCCGCCACCGUUCGGUGUUCUGCACAAUCUCCAUCCCGCUGCCUUGAAUGCGAGCGACGUGCCUGGGCGCCGCCCCUUCACCCGCCCAAAGCCCGGGCCAUCCGCCACUGAGUGUGCACUCGGACACGCUUAUUCACCUCUUCACCCCCACAUUCCUCCCCGGGGGACCACUCAUCAUCCACCGCAUCGCCCAUCACGUCCACUGUCGGUGCCUCCUUAGGACGACAAAACAUCGCCCAUGUCGCACUGCUUGCACCGCCUCAUCGUUCGCUCGUGCCGAGCUGGAGAGCCAUCCACUGCUGCGCAAAAUCUGUCAACCUAUGAGGCUUCGAAAUUGUCACCCCAAAAAUAUCUUCAGACAAUUAUGGCAAUGGUUGUGUGUAAGGUUCACAGAGGUGACACGAAAAUUGGGCUCAAUCUAGAUGCAUGCAACACAAAUCUCCAGUAUUACCACGAUGUUAGAAUUGCCGGAAUUUAUUAAGCCCAUGCGAAAUCUUUUCGUGUGGCUACUCUAGUUGCUUUAGGCUGGGGUAAUUAAGCUUGUUAUCUGCGCACGAUGUAUUCGCGUCAUAUUAUAAGAAUCAAAGCAGAAGACUGGUGAACAUAAUAUCCAGUAUUUUCUAGGUAAAUGUAUACACAAACCAGCUCCAAAGUUUGCAGGUAUCAAGGCCACUAUGCUCAUUGGAGUCCAGUAUCAUAAUUAGCAGCAGAAGCAGAGCAUGCAUGGUACUAUAAGUGAAACUAUUACUUCCUUUCAAUAAAGGGGAAGUCACUGUUAAUAUCAUUCACCAACUAUACCAGCCUUCAUGCGAAUUCGCUGCUUGAACAGACAGCAAGUUUCCCCUAAAUGAUCCGCUCAGAAGUAGUCCGCUGGAUAACAGAGAAUUCAAUAGAUCACGGCAAUGACCUGUACCGUUGUAAUCGGAGGUAGGUUCUAAAAUGAAAGAUCGAAUGGCGUCGACAAAAAUUGUGGUGGAAUUGCUUCUUGACCAUCCUGUCUUGCCACUAGUGAGAAAAAAAUUGCCUGUCUUAAGUCCCGUUGCUGUUAUCCCACAAGUUACGCAGUCCAAUAUGGGGUGUGUUCCUUCGCCUUACUUCUGGACUAUCGAAAGACAGUGACAUGGAGAGCUUGCUAUGUGCAAGCAGAGCGACCAGGAAACUCAUAAGCUUUGUACCUGUUCAUUAUACUGGAGCAAAGAGAUUUUUCUCGCUAGCUCUUACCUGUUUGAUGCCUGUAUCCCCGGUUGUCUUUUCACGAAUCUGCACCAAUGAAAGUUUCGAGCUUUUAUGCUGAUGUAUUCGCUGACACCGGGUUGGAGUUCAUCGAGUUUUACCUCCAUGGAGCUAUCGUUGCAUGACGAGUUGUAAGCUUCGGCUUAAUAAUUUUAUUAGCGUAGAACAGCCCUUUGAUGCGUUCUGUCUUGAGGGAUGAGAGCACCAUAAAUCGUCUUGCGACUGCACUGACUAAACAGCUGCUGCGUGUAACCUGCCGAUCGGUUCAACGCUCAAAGGGCACUUAACAAUGCGCCCCUGUAGCUGGAUAGGUUAACGCCUGAAAGGCAAUCAUUUCAGUACAUUCCACCACGCCACUUCGAAACUGAAGUGCGGUGCCAAUAAAACGCUCUUGGUGAAACUUUUUACUCCACAGCUUUGGCAAUACUCGUCCUCAAGGUCAUGCCGAUGUGUUAAACAAAGCGUUCAUGCACUGUGUGGCUAAGACUCUCCAGUAUUCUUGCACUACUUUCCUGUCAUCCGUCUUCAAACCGUUCUUGCCAUUUCACCUGUAUAAGAAAACUAAGAUUCGUGACCAAAAGACGCGGCAAAGUUGUUUCGCCAGGGUGGAAUUCACCCCUCGUGGAUGAGAAUUCGGCUGUUUCGCCUCAGUGCUGCUGGCUCUUCGUUUGUCGUUUUCGUAGAAGAGGAGGCAUAAAAAAAACCGCGCACAGUGGAGCAAGACAAUGCUCUACCGAUGUCUUCUAUGCCCCGAGCUGUUGUAUGUGCCAAGUAUGAGCGUUCCGCUCCUAGUUUAUUACAGUCAUGGUCGGAACAAAUGUAGCGCUAUAGAGUUAGCAAAAUGAGUGCGCGCGUUCUUGGAGAAGCCUGUGUGCGCCUGAGUUUUCAUUUUAUAUUCGUGUGUAUAAUGACAAGAUGAAUAGCUAUCGUGUGAUCAUCUAUUGAUAACUAUACCCGACAGGAAUUGUGCCUCCCAUUAUUAAUGUUUUGCUUUUAUUUUUUCACCGAUGUCAAAGUCUUAAUGUAAGCCUUCAAGGAAGUGAGUACUCCGUUGGCUUCGCAAAAAAUAAGUAAAUGCAAUUUGCAAACGCGCUUUGCACAUUCUGUGGGCAAAUCAUCUUUAAAGUACAGUUGAUUAACUACAUCACAGCAUUGUACGUAAAUAUCUGUGAAGAUAUAAGGUAUCAACAUUUCGUAUAAAAAAGCCUUUAAUUGUUCGUCUGUCUCUUUCAUCACUCAAACAGGUUUUGUUUAUUAGGAGGGAAACAUUUAUCGUAGUAUUUUUUGUACGUAUCUAUGAACACGUGACUUAACUACUGAAGUUUCGGAAAUGCAAAGUGUCAGAUUGAUUAACAUUGUGGCUUUUUUGUUUAUAUUGGACAAAUCACCACAGAGAAUAUCACAGAAUGUGCUUCAAAAAAAGAGCCUGGCUUCUUAAUUUAUGUGUCAAGGAAACGUAGAAUGACUGACAUGUGAACAAAUGCUUUCAUCAUUUCUUCAGUAUAAGUAACAGGAUUUUGAGAUGCGUGGACGGGCCCUGAGCAAUAGGUAGCCCGCGAGCCAUAUCUCUCUCGUCAUCUUUGGUUUCGCUUGAAAAGGAGCUUUUUACACCUGCUUUCGCAUCAUCUGACACUGCUCUAGACGACACCGUGUUUUGCACUCACUUUAGUCAUGAACAGAAAAGUGCUUCCAAAAAUCAUCCUGCGCAGUCUUCACUUGCACAGCUCUUAAUUUCGCUGUCAUUUUAAUGCAGUGAUGACAUCGGUGAGUGGAAUUUCCGAGUCAAUACAAGUAUCUAAACUUGAAAAACGUGCAUACUUGCGCUUGCGGGUGCACAUUCAUAGUAGAAAACAGCACGAAAACAACGAGGACGACUCCUGUUUAAUUUGUCUCGUCCUGGCUGUUUCCGCGCUGUUUUUUACUUUGACAAAUAUCUAGCAAUGUAUUUUCAAUGAGUAAGAAAAUGAAUGCUGGUGCUUUUUCGUCAAUCGAUUUGCCGCGCCAUUUUUUAUCGUGAGCGUAAGUGCACUUCCAUUCAUCAGUGCCCCUGAGUGUGAUUACUUUCAUUUGCUUUUUUGUUUUUAUUAUUUUUUCAGCCUUUCAGUUGAGCCCGCACAAUUAUCGGGUGAUGGAUUCUCUACGCCGCUCAGCCGGAUACCUUGAAAACGCGUCCGACCACUUUGUAAACACAUGAACUCGAUAAGGCAGAGAGAUGUAUCAGCCAUUUUCCAUGCCCAGAGUGUAUUGUUUAUGAGAAAGAAAAUUAAACUGCGAUGAGCCUUCGAAGGCCUUCAUUACAGGCGGCAUUGGCUCGUCGCGUUUACAAAGAACAAAGGAUGUGCGUUAAACUGUUUUUGCGCCAAGAACCACAUCAAUAAUUCCAUUUGAUGGUUUCGAUGAAAAAGUGUAAUUAAGUCUUCGGUUAACCAUGAGACUUCACAAUUGAAUGAUUAUGCGAGGAACUGUGUGUGCAUACAUUCAGCGAAUAGAAACCUUGGGAACCAAAGACACUUGCUCCUCAAGCUGCGUCGGGUAGGCUGCUCUUACGUUCGGAGGAUCAGCAAUGUUUGAGAAUCGGGUUGAACUGACCGGGCACCACACUUGUCGGAGUGCGGGACGUGGGCCGUACUGCAAGUGGCCCUCCUAGCAACCACGUCGUCUCGCUGGCGACGCUUUGGGGGAAACACGCUGGUCUCUGAUUUCCGGGUCUUGGAAGAACGCGAAUGCCAGAGCCCAGGAGUGGCUUGGGUUUUGCUCAUAAGCCCUUGUAGCUCGCAAAUUUCUUGGGUCCCGAAGCUCUAUUCGGAACCCCCAAUUCUCAAACUCUGUCGUAUCUGAGCUCCCUGCGGUAUUAAAUGUGAUGAAAGAAUUUUACGCGAUGCCAUUUUAUAUAUGGUAGCAUGCUCAUGCACAAAAUAUAAUGCUGUAUCACCAGUAUAACUGGUGUGGUAUGCUGGGAAAUAUACGCAGGAGCAGAGGGAAGGGUGGGGAAGGCAUGGUUAAGAGUUACCCAGUAGCUUACAGCAAACUUGAUUCGUUUCGCCUGCCUUCUGCGGGAGAUGAAAGUACCUGCUUCUUUUUCGUAAGCACCACAGAAUGCCUGCUUUUGUGUGCGUCUUGUGUCGGCAAAUAUUGCGCCUAUGUCCGGCUAUCGUCCUUAUUAUUAGCCGCUGCACAUUAAUACUGCACGCGUUGUUUCAUGUGCGCAACUAAAAAAAGCCA